GAAUGCCCCAUGGUCUCUCCCUUUAUUCAAAUAAAGUAAAAAACUCCUCUGUCUCCUUUUUAGACAUAAACCUCUGAUAGUUGUGGAUUAAUUUUCCUAACACCAUGGUCCUGUGGCUGGCAUGAGGUGUGUGUGAUGGGAUCCCCGGGUCCUGGUGCAACCUAUGCCAGGAGGUCCCAAUGUCCCCUCUUACACUGGGAAACAUAGCAAGAUCUCAGGGUUCCCUCAACGCAACAGGAGCUGGAUAGGCCAGCUGUACCCCAGACAUGGCGCAGACUCAGGCCACCGGCUCACAAAUCCAGUUCCCCAUUUUUUAAAUAAAGGACCAAUGAGAAGGAUAAGAGUUUAAAAUGCACGGAAUCAUUGAAGUAGUUCAGGACAAAUUCAAGGACAGAUUAAAAAAAUUAUAAAAGAUCAAGGAAUGAUUAAGAAAUAACCUAAUCUGCAGGAACCAAGAGCCAUGAACUGAGAAGUAAAGAGCAGGAGGACACUAAAAAUCAAUCUAAAAUGCUAAAGAACAACUUUGUUUGAACUUUAUUGUCAUGAGCGUAGAAAAAUCCUCACCCAUAGGCUGUGAUUGCCCCUUACUCACAGUAAUCAUCUUGCCUGCAGUCAGAGCCCAGCUGGAUAGGAGAACAUGAGGAGACAGACAGCAGCUCAGACACAACCACCUCCCUGCAUUGGAGGUGGUUGGAGUCAGGGAAGCUAGACCUCAUCGGAUAUGACCAUCAGGUCAGGAAGAAUCUCUGAGAGUUGUCAAAGCUUCUGUUUCACAUUCUGUUUCUUAUUUUAUGUGACUUGACACAGCUCCUGCUCAGAAGAGCCUUGGAGUUUUGAAACCUCCUUGCUCUGCUCCCCUUUAUAUGACAUCUCUCCCCAAUGUGGUUGCAUGCCCUGCCUGCCCAGUGUGCAAACGAGUGCAGGUGCACCACACACAUGGUGCCUACAUAACCACCAACCCUUAUCCAUCAGUAAAGGCUCUGUCAGAUCCAACUUGUAAAUCAAGCCCUGCCUUUUCCUGCAGAACUUGCUGCCUUACCUUGAGGGAAUCCCAUCUCAGAGCUGUGGGAUCUCAUGCCCAUAGGAUUCUAGAAGAACAAAAGCAAAUCAUGCUGCUGCUGGCAAAUGUGCUCCCACUCCCCAGUCCAGCCAUCCACCAGAACACGUUAGUCUGGCUGCACAGCAUCCCCUAAGCUGGUUCUACUGCCCAUGGCACUCUGUGUGUAGGUGUUUCCUUCUGCAAAGCAAUAAAAGUGGUGACGGGUUGGAUUAGUUACACCAGGCAGAACAACCCCAGUGAACAGGAGGGAGGCAUGCUUGGGACAAACAAAACACAAACAUGCAGGUAGAACAGGAAUUUCAGCAAGAAAAAAGCUCCAGCUCACUGACAAUCAGGGUGAGGUAUCCCUCCAGGAGAGAGGCAGAGGUUGUUGUGUUUAUGACCUUGCUCCAGGUUUAAACAUGUAAGUACCCACUGAUAGGAAAGACAUAUGCUAAUGUCUUUACAAAUGAGUUGAUUGGUGAGGGUCUUUAAGAGAAAUGGAUGUUAAUAUCUUUGAAAUGGGUCUUAAUCUACAAACGUCAAACCGCACAAAUUUGUUACAGCCCAAACAGUUUGACCAGACAGUCUGAGCUUCUGAAUUUCAGGGUAAUAGGAGAAAUGGGUCCGCACAAAGUCUAUUGCAGAACCCAGACAGUCUGAACUUCUGGUGGAUCUGCAGAACAAAGCCUGAACAUCUUAACUUUGAGAGGAAAUGUCAAGACAUGUUCAAGUGUGGAAUAUGCGGUAGUAGUUCCAGAAGACUGUACCUUCCUAGUAACUCAGCCAAUAGGGAAAGGAAGAGGGCAAAAUGUGGCCAGGAGUUUAAAGAGAAAAGGAAGCUGUGUCCUGUGAAACUUUGAGAGAGAUCCCACAGUAGUAUGGCCCAGUGGACUCUCUCCCUUUAUUUGAAUAAAGUUGAAGGACUCCUCUGUCUACUUUGUGGACACUAGCUUUUCCACAGAUCAGCAAUAUGUUCCCCAAAGAAAUAUGGUUUUACAGUCAUUCCCUGAAAAUGGUGACAGGCUGAUGAAUUUCUGGCUGUGGCAUGACUGUGACUGCUGUUGCCCUUGGCCACUCCUGACCUUGUUGGCAGCAGGAGAGUGGAGUUUGUGAUAGGACAGAGUGAUUGCUAGAUGGAUUGUGACUGGAAGCCUUAUAGCAUCUAUUGGACUUCCAUUUAAGCCCCAGGUGAUUCCCUCUAUUUAAACUUUCUGUGCUAAGACUGCAGAAGAGGUGGCAUGGUGAGACAGGAUGGAGUGACCGCCAUUUCCUGCUAAUACCAGUUCUUGCUCUGUGGACUGAGAUGAACAAACAACCCACCACCCUCUGGAGAGCUUCUUUCAACAGCUCACUAGCUUUCCUUCUCCCAGCCCUUGUGACAGCUUCUGAGCCACCAGGUAUAUACCAAAUUUUCUGCUUGCUGACCUUCUGAGGAAAAAAUAGUCUGGAAGAGAGAAAAGACACUUUAUGGCAAGUGUCUGGCCCUCACCAAGGCAAAUAGAGCAGAAAGAUGAAAAACACAAUGGCAUUGCAGAGCUGAGAAGAUCAAACAAGAUAUCUCUUCCCAGAGGGAAAACUCUCCCACCAUGCUCUCCUCACUAUUUUUAGUCUCUGCUGAGAGGUCUCCUUGGAGACAGAUGCAUUUCUGGAUUGACACUUUGGUACCCCAGUGGAAGUAAUUCCCUGAUAGCUUUGAGGCUGAAAGAAGAUUUAACACCGGUUGUGCCUAAUUGUUCAGUGACAGGAAGUACCAGGACUUGGCACCUGGACUGUUGUUGGCACAGCUCCUGGUCUAGUUUUAGCCAAACUGCAACCAACCGUGCCAGGUGGUGACCUGCCCUGGCCAGGAACAAACCCAUUCUGGAUGCAGCCCUGCAUGAGCCAGUGGCAGUGCCAGCUGUUCCAUGUUCCAGGCAGCAGCAUGCACACAUUGAGUCCACAGACCUGUGGCUGCUUCCCCAUCAGACCUUGCUCUCUCCUGGCAAGACAUGGCAACAGAGGUUCAUAGCAUCUGUUUGGACAUGGUCAUCCGGAGACAACUUUGUGGCUGUAAGUCACCAUGUGUCCUCUGCAGCAUCAAGAUUUACAUGUGAACACCUACCUGCUGCUGAAGCCAGCACAGGGCUCUAUCAACUGCUACAAUCACCUAUCAGCACCCUUCGAUGGUCAGUGUCAUGUAGGAAGGUGCCCCAGUGUCCAACACCAGCAUUUUUUUACCCCAGUGCUCUGCUGAGUUUGGUGCAGCUGCUCUGACCUCUCCUCGCAGAGGUGGCACUGCUGGUUGGUGGGACACACUGGUGCCGCCAGCCUCCAGCAGAUGCCCUGUGCCCUCCCCAGAGAGUGGCAGUGAUAUAAUCCCUGUCACCAUACCAGAGCCGUGUCAUUGCCAGUACCCGUAGGCCAGCAGAGAGGGAGGGCUGGGUGGGCUCUGAAUGGCAGCUGAUGCUUCCCAGUAGCUUGAAGGAAGGAGAGCUGAAUAACCACAUUGUUUAUAUUUAAAAAACCAAAGACAUCUCUGUUUAUCAGAAGAGUCUGGGCUGGCCCCAAGACAAGCUAAAUGGCGAGCAAAAAUAAAACCUCCCCUAAAACAACGACAACAACACAAAAGCAAACAAACAAACAAACAAAAACCUCCAAGAAGUCUUUUCCAAGAAUAUCCAAAAUCUCCCUAACCUCAUCCACCAGACCACCCUGAGGAUGGAAAUGUCAACCUGUCUCAAAGCAGCUUUGUCAAAGGCACUUUGGUACAGAAAACACAGCAGAGCUGCCUUUGGCAGUUGUAUCCCAGCUCCCUGUGCUGGAGCAGGAAGCUCCACAUGGACAGCCGUGAGAGUAUUUCAGCUGAACGUGCAGACACAGUAAACACCAGGAAUUGUAUCUGGUAUCUCUGGUUCACUUUCCUGGUGGGAUAGACUGGCUGGGCACAAGACAGUCUCCCUGUUAUUUCUGGUUGUUCCUGCAAAGUCAGAGAUGGGGGAAGAACCUAGAGGAAAUCCUCUUUUUUUGCAGAUCAAGCCUUUGCUGGGCAAAACAGCCCAUGUGCUGAUGCUGCCAGAGCUGAGCAGCACCAUAGUGACUACAUUGUUUUUGGAGUAGAAAGUGAAGGGAAGCUGUGGUUCCUUCUCCCCAUAUCCUGAGCAGGUGUGAACCUGUUCAGUCAAACACAGCUAAGCCAAGCAGACAUCUCAAACAGGUAAGAUGGGUCUGGGAAAUUUAUGAAAAUAAAUGAGUUAAAGAAAAGCAGGCUGUGAACAGCUCAGCUGCAGCAUGGAGAGCAGCUGGAGCAGGAUCUUGGUAGAGAAAAGCCCUCUGAGGGUCUCUAGAGGUUGCUGUGAUUUACCUGGCAGCCUGGGGCUGGCAAGGCUGAGUCUCCAUGAAGAAGUGGCAAGAAUGGAAUGAGAAACCAGAAGUAGGACCAAGGUGCUAAAGACACUUGGAUGAAGUCUGACCUGGGCAGGGAAUCUGAUGGCAAGGGGAGCACAGCAAGGGCAAGGUGAGUGGGAGGGCUUGAGCCCAAAGUAGCUUCCUCCCUUUUCCUUCGAAGCCAACUCAGAGCUAAAGAGAAUCACCCCUGGCUCGCAUGUGGCACAAGGAGGUAUCUGUGGCACAGGAAGAUAUCCAUGACACAGGUAAUCUCACAACCAGAGCCCUUGGACAUUGGUCCAUCACCCUUCCUGGCCAUCACCCUUCUCCCGCAGGCUUGCUCCCUGAUGCUUCUCUCAGCAUCGUGAGCAUCAGACCGGGGGGGGGGGGUGGGUCUGGAAGUGGUGGCAUGUGGCUGCCCAGAGCCCCUAGAGCAAACUGAAGUGUCUGUGAUAUGGGAAUCAUGACACCAGGGCUUUGCAGUCUGCUGUGUUUCAAUGGACUCUCUGAUAGAGGGGGUUUGUAGAGGAGGCAUCAUCUUGCACUAGGAUUAACAUGCUGCUCUGUCUAACAGACACAGCAAAUUUCUCUGUAAAGUAGAGAAACUCAUUCUCUUACCAAUGCCAGUGCAUGCUAAGUUUGUAAAAGAUAAGAGCCAAAUCCUGUUUCUCUCACUUUUGUCAACACUGGUGGGUUUUUCCCUCCUUUUUUACAUCUACCCUAUUUUGGGCUGGCUGCUGGCCACUGGUGCCUUACCAGCCAAGGCGCUGGGAGGGUGGAAUUAUAUUCCCUCUGUCAGCAUUUAUUCCCCCAUGGCACAAGACAAAUACACCACACAGGACUCCUCCGUGCUGGUGCACUACAUCCUCCUCCUGCAGGGAGGCUGCAUUGACUGAUGCUUCUUGGAUGUGUUUGCAAAGGUGGCAGUAAGAGUGAAUAGCAUCGUCGGGAUUUUCCUUGUCCCUGUUCACUAAUCACAUUUUCUCUGAAGUGUUUAGAAAUUGUGCUUUUUUUUGGCUGGGUUAGUAUUAAUUAUCUUCACAGUAGCUGGUAUGGGGAUAGGUUUUGAAUUUAUGCUGAAAAUAUGGAGACCAAAAUAUAGUGUUGACAAUAUGGAGGUAUUUUACUUAUUGCUGAGAGGUGCUUGUACAGACCCACGGUCUUUUUUUGCUUCUCACCCUACCCUACCAGGGAGGGGGAUAGGGGUGCGUUAGGUGUUGGGGGGAUACACAGCCAGGGCAGCUGACCCCAACGGACCCAAGAGAUAUUCUGGACUAUACGACAUCAUGCUCAGUAGAUAAAGCGGGGGGAAGAAAGAGCAAGGAUUUGGCGUUUGUCGUGGUCCCUCGUCCACAGGGGAGGGUCGGGAUCCCCCCGCGAACGGAGCGGGACCCACGCGAGCCGCGGGCCCAGGGCGGGGCGGGCGCCGCGUGCAACUCAAAUUGCCGUGCGACCUCUCAGCCAAUGGCCGGAGCGCCUUCCUGCCGCCAGCCAAUGGGAGUGCGGCACUCUCCGCCGACAGCCAAUAGGCUCGGGGGGCGGGGGAUUAUGGAGUAACGCUCGGAGCGGCGGCGAUGGCCCCAGAGCGCGGUGACCGCUCGCUCCCCGCCGGUACCGAGGGUCUUCCCCGGGUUUUCCUGCAGAGCCUGCGGACUCUUUUCGAUAUCCUGGAUGACCGGCGGCGGGGCUACGUGCACCUACGGGAGAUCGAGUCGCGCUGGCGGGGAGCGGAAGCCCAGGAGCUGCCCGCCGGGGUGAUGGAGGGGUUGCGGCAGGCGGCGCCGGCCAGUGGGUACCUCACCUUCGAGAGGUUCGUACUGGGGCUGCGGGCGGCCCUGCCUGGGACUGAGCCGCCAGUGGAGGGUGGCGGCGGCGGACGGCGGAGCGCGGAGAAGCCGCCAAGCCCUCGCUGUUCCGAGGAGCGGCGGGGGAAGAGCGCCGGACAGCGGGAACCGGGGCACGGCCAGCCCCGAGGCCGCGGUGGUGAUGCUAAGUCUGCUGGGCAGCCCCAGGGAGACAGUGACCACGCAGGGGCUAGGGACACUCGGAGGCAUCAGAGAGGCCGUGCAGAGCACCGGAGACACACCAUCACCAAUGGCGUGGACUUCAGCAUGCUGAAGUACAUGAAGGAGCUGGAACAGGAGAAGGAUUUCCUGUUGCAGGGCCUGGAGCUUAUAGACCGGGCUCGAGAGUGGUACCACCAGCACAUCCAGCUCAUGCAGGAGCACCAGCGGUUCCUGGGGAAGAGGAGAACCAGUGCUGAUUUCCCUGAAGGUGGCCAGAGCCACCUGGGGCACCUGGUCCCUAAGCUGCAGGAAGUGAACCGUUGCCUGGGUGACCUUCUUUCCACUGCCAGCAAGGCAGCAAACCCCUCCUCAGCACUGAGCAGGCUGGUCCCUGUGACAUCCCCAGCCUCCACAGGCUCCCAGCAAGCCAUCAACAUACUGAAGGAGCAGAAUCGGCUUCUCACCAAGGAGGUCACUGACAAGAGCGAGCGCAUCACUCAGUUGGAGCAGGAGAAAUCCGCCCUCAUCAAGCAGCUCUUUGAGGCUCGUGCCCACAACAACCAUGAGAUGAGCCAGCUGGACUCCACCUUCAUCUAGCACAUGCCUCCCUUGCCCCAUCCCCAAACUUAUCUGCGGGUUUCAAGGGACUCUUGCCCUAAACUCAUCACACCUGCUGCUCCAGGUGUUGUGUCUCAAGGUCUGGGGCUGCUGGUGGCAUCUCUGUGUGAGGGAGCCGGGACCCCUCUUGGGGAGCAUCCCUGCCCUGCUGAUGGCUUAUCAGCCAUGCUGCUCUCAAGCUGCUCCUUUCCUGUCUCUAAGUGGGCUGCAGGGAUGCUGUCCCCAGUCCUGUGACCCCCAGCAGGCAGGAGACAUGGCUGCUGUCUGUGCUGCCUGUGUGGGAUGAGCUGUUGUUCCCUUGCUGACUUAGGCUCGAUUUUGGAUGCUCUUGGGAGAAAGUGAUGUAUCUUCAACACUCUAGCAGCAUCUCCAGAGAAGCCUGGCCCUCAGAGGGUGCUGGCUCCUGCUUGUCUUUCUGUUGGAAGACGAGAUUGGAAAUCCAAGGAGGCAUGCCUGCCCAUAUUCUGCCUGCCAGAGGCACUGUCUUGGCCCUGUAGUGCCCAAACUGGUGGUCCUCAUGGCAACCACUCUGUCAUGUUUGUGGUAAGGAUACCAUAGUUGCUGUUUACAUGGCUGUAGGCUCCUAUAGGAAAUGAGCCAUAGACCCAACCAAGAUAGCCUACAUCACUGAGCUGCUGUUUUGGGCUGUUGACAAUUUGAGGCAGACCCCUCAGUCUUUACUUUGCUUGACCUGGCAAAUACUUCCUGAUGACUGCCAGGAUUAGAUUAUUUUCAUGAUGACUGUGAAAGGAGAAGUGAUAUUCAUAGCCUGAGGAUGCUCACAUCAGUCUGACCUCACAGAGGGUCUUUAGAACUUGGUUUUGUAUUUAACUGAGUGUGGAACAGAGCAGAGGCUGACAGGCUCUUCCCUGUGCACAUCUCCACAGGGAGAAAUGGCAGCUCUGCCUCACAUGGUUGUGGGGGAUGACAUCCUGACUGUGAGCUGCACUCCUCUACAGGUGUCUCGAGGGGUGGUGGUUGUUCAAGAUGGGUCCUAUUAGAUGGCACCUCCUGCUUCCCACCCAGCUCGGUGAUGAUGCUUGAGCUGAAUGGCAUCUGACUGCCUUGGUACUUGGUAUCCAUGGUACUUUCACUGAAGAUCCCAUUUAGCACAGCCUGGCCCUCUGUAUCCCCGAGGCCAGGACCUUUCUCUCUGGUGUUGUUUCAUGGUCUGACCCUCCAGGCAUGAUUCUAUGGCACUGAGCUGGGCUGGGCAGUGCUGGUUCUGCCCUGAGCUGACACAUGCAGGCCAAUACUGUUUUCACUUCUGUUCUUAUCUGUCAGGACUCUGUCCCAUCCAGCUGUUCUCUUUGAGACUGAUCCUGAGUUAAAGCUUAUUGCAAGGCAUGAAUCUCUGCUCUGCCUUGUGCCUGCAGCUGGAGUGGGGAUCAGCAGAGUACCAGGGAGAUGGUGGAGGAGGAGCAGCAAGGCCAUGGCUAGUCACAUCCCCUGUCUGCAGGAGCUGGUUGUUAGUUGUCCCCUAAUGGAUGUUGCCUGCCAUCCUUUUUGUGAUGCCUCCUCUAGUGUCCACUGCCUGUUUUGCCUGAGGUUAAUUAGAACUGACCCUUUUUAUGAGGGUUACCUGGCUUUAGGGAUAAUAAAGUGGGGUGACUUAUUUAA